AUGGGUCGUGUUUUACACGGACGACCAGGAGAUGUACGAGAGGAUGAGCCGCUGGAAUUGCAACGCCAACUAUAUGGACCGUGACGAGCCCCUCCCACCCCUUACUGCCGAGGAGUGGGAUCAAAUAAUGGUCCUGUUCAAGGCCAACACUUACCACUUAACCGCUGACAAGACUUUCCAUGUGCCGGCCGAGUGGUUGCCGCACAUUAGUCAGUUUCGGAAUGAGGCCUUUCUAGCGGCCGUAGGCUUAGGAUAUUCUAUGACUCGAGGUUGUAUGCCAAAUUAUGUGCCGUCCCGCGUUGGUCUAUUCAUUUUUUCUAACUUUGGAUUUCUUUUGUUCACAGAGGAAGGGAUGAGCAAGUUAUCGGCGGCGGAUAUUGGGAAGGGCGACAUGACCGAUUGGAUGGCCGACAUCUAUGAGGCCAAGAUGCAGAAGGCCAAGGCCGAGUUGGAGGAGAAGCAAGCUAAGGACGCGGCUAAGGCGUCAGGGAAGAAAAAAGGGACGACUCUGUCCCAAUUGAAGAAAAGGGCCGUGCCAGCUGGCUCGGAGACUCCGAGUACCUUCAAAAAGCCCAAACCUAUACCCCGCCGUCUGGUGAAGAAGGGCGAGUCAAAGGUUGCUGAGGGGGGUCGCCCUGAUGAUGAUGAGAUUGGCGUGGACAAGCCGUCUCUGGUUGUGGACUUGGUGUCCAAAUCAAAGUCUGGUGGGCAUCCUGACGAGUUGGAGGACCCUCUUUCGGGAAUUCCGGCCGACGUCCGUUCCUAG